AAAGGCACGGCUCACCACCAUUUCGAGCCGUUGCGUGACAACUUCUAGAGACAUGCCUUUAUAGCAGCAAUGCUCCGAGCCGUCGGUGUUGCGAGGUUACGAAAUGGCACUACCCGGUUCGGCCUCCACCCUUUGGGGGCCGUCGCGCCGUUCGCGACGAGCGGCGCCUGUCCGCUGAAGCAGAUGCCGCCCAGGCCAAAGCCGCCGCCGGAGGAGGAGAUCCAGGAGUCCUUCCUGAGGGGCAGCGGCCCAGGAGGGCAGAAGAUUAACAAAACUAGCUCGGCCGUCCAGCUCAAGCAUGUCCCGACGGGUAUCGUGGUCAAGUCUCAGGCGACCAGAUCGAGGGACCAGAACCGGAAGAUUGCACGAGAGCUUCUGGCUGCGAGGCUCGACGACAUGCAAAAUGGCGACCAGAGCCGGUCGGCCAUAAUGGCAGAAAUCAAGAAGAAGAAGGCGGCGAGCGCGUCCAAAAAGACUAGGAGGAAAUACCGGAAGAUUGAAGAUGAGAAGGCCGGUAGCAUGACCGAAGAUCAGGCCUCUUGACUCCCAAACCGUGACAACGGGCCGCGGUCAUUCAAGGCAACCAUGCUCUGAGAAGUACAUGCUCCUGCCACCAAUGUGCGAAGACGUUUGAAAGGCAGUAAACCUGGGGCUCGGACGGAAAGCCCUCGGGUUGUACGAGCUAUUCCUGGGAGGAGAAAGCUACUUGUCACUUGGAGCGGUCACAAAACUACGGCAAAUAUGGGAAGCAGGGCAUUCCGCAGUAGUUAGUGGGAGAAGGUGUAAAGUUUAUGAUGAUCAACCUCGUGAUAGUUGUCCAUAUCCCUACCCUAUACGCAAUCGCGGCCACCCCCGCACCCUCCUAGG